AGCCUAUCGCCCUACGCCUUGUACCUAGCUUUCGGCAGAAUCCCGGGGGCCCGGCGCCGCCCGGAUUCAAUGGCAGAGAAGUUCGCCGCAUGGGGCAGGCCAAGGCACCCGGUCACGUGACCUCGGGCUGCCCGUCCGCCUCGGUCCCCAUGGCGCCCGCGUCCCUGCUGAAGCCUACGCUGGCCUCAGAAUCCGCUCUACUUUUCCUGCCUGCCCAAUUGAGUGUUUCUGCCCCGAAUUGUUGUGGCGGCGCUGCCCUUUAUAAUCUCAUGUUCCAGAUGCGGGCUUUUCCAGAUCCGAUGCGCGAAGCUUGCAGCCGGCCAAUGAAUCAUUUCGUCACGAAAAAGGGCAAACAAAUUCAGCGAGUCUUGCCUUCGGGUUUUUAAUCAACCUAUCAAAUUCCUAGACGACCCAAAAAGGAGUGUGUGGG